AGGCGCAUCAUGCCCUUCGGUUGUGGUGCCGGUGGUUGUUCUGCGCUGCGCCCCCGAGCGAGCUUUUGCUGAGAACCGGGCGACCUAAAACCGCACCUCGCACCGCGACCUCGGCGUGGUUGGGGGUUGUUGUUGUUCGCGCAUGGAGGCAGCAGCGGUCGGGUGCGGUGGGAGGAGAACGACGAUGGGGCUCGUCGUCCUCGCCGUGGCCGUCGUGCUCGCGGCGUGCGUCCCCCGGGCGUGCCAUGGCAUGACGGACAGCCAGGACACCUCUGUGCUCAGGGCGUUGAUGGAUCAGUGGCAGAACGCGCCGCCGACGUGGGGGCAGUCCGACGACCCCUGCGGCGAUUCGCCAUGGGAGGGAGUGACGUGCGCCAACGACAAAGUGAUCUCCAUAAAAUUGUCCACCAUGGGCAUCAAAGGAGUUCUAGCUGCUGACAUAGGGCAACUCUCUGGCCUGCAAUCCCUGGACCUGUCAUUCAACAAGGACCUCGGCGGCGUGCUCACUCCGACCAUCGGAAACUUGAAGCAGCUCACCACCUUGAUUCUGGCCGGUUGCAGUUUCCAUGGCACCAUCCCGGAUGAGCUAGGGAGUCUGCCGAAGCUGUCCUACAUGGCAUUGAACUCAAAUCAGUUCUCUGGAAAAAUACCGGCUUCGCUGGGCAGUCUCUCCAACCUCUACUGGUUCGAUAUCGCUGACAAUCAACUGAGCGGACCCCUGCCGAUUUCGACAAGCGGUGGAAUGGGCCUAGACAAGCUUUUUAAAACCAAACACUUUCACUUCAACAAGAACCAAUUGUCUGGUCCAAUCCCUGACGCUCUCUUCAGCCCGGAGAUGACGCUGAUCCAUCUGCUCUUUGACGGAAAUAAAUUCACCGGGAGUAUCCCAGACUCUCUUGGAUAUGUUAGUACACUUGAAGUUGUACGCCUGGACAGAAACUCCCUCUCUGGUCCAGUUCCUUCAAAUCUGAAGAACCUCACCAAAGUAAAUGAGCUCAACUUAGCAAACAACCAGCUCACUGGAACAUUGCCAGAUCUAUCUGGGAUGGAUCUUCUCAAUUACGUUGAUCUGAGCAACAACACAUUUGAUCCUUCCCCGUGCCCAGCGUGGUUUUGGAGGCUGCCACAGCUCUCAGCUCUGAUCAUACAGUCCGGGAGGCUCUACGGCCCCGUGUCUCCAAGGCUGUUCAGCGACCAGCAGUUGAAUCAAGUGAUCCUCGACGACAACGCGCUCAACGGCACCCUGGACCUGGGCAGGAGCAUCAGCGGCGAGCUGAGCCUCGUGAGCUUCAAGAACAAUGAGUUCUCCUCCGUCACGGUGACCUCCAGCUACAAUGGCACCCUCGCGCUGGCCGGGAACCCGGUGUGCGAGCACCUGCCCAACUACUGCAACGGGACGCAGAAAGGGCUGUCGGUGCCCUACUCGACGAGCCUGGUGAAGUGCUUCUCGGGGACGUGCCCGGCGGGGCAGAGCCUGAGCCCGCAGAGCUGCUCGUGCGCGUACCCGUACCAGGGGAUCAUGUACUUCCGGGCGCCCUUCUUCCACGACGUGACCAACGGCACGGCGUUCCAGGCGCUGGAGAGCAUGCUGUGGACCAAGCUGGCCCUCACCCCGGGCUCCGUCUCCCUGCAGGACCCCUUCUUCAACAGCGACUCCUACAUGGAGGUGCAGGUGAAGCUCUUCCCUUCCGGCAGCGGCGCCUACUUCAACCGCUCCGAGGUCAUGCGCAUCGGCUUCGACCUCAGCAACCAGACGUUCAAGCCGCCCAAGGAAUUCGGCCCCUACUACUUCAUCGCCUCGCCGUACCCGUUCCCAGAGGGCGGCUCGUCGUCGAAGAGCAAGGGCGUGAUCAUCGGGAUAGCGGUCGGCUGCGGCGUCCUGUUCGUGGCUCUCGCCGCGGCGGCCGUCUACGCGUUCGUGCAGAGGCGGCGAGUGCAGAAGGCCAAGGAGGAGCUCGGCGGCCCUUUCGCGUCGUGGGCUCGGAGCGAGGAGAGGGGCGGCGCGCCGCGGCUCAAGGGGGCGAGGUGGUUCUCCUACGAGGAGCUCAAGCGGAGCACCAACAACUUCGCCGAGGCGAACGAGCUCGGGUACGGGGGCUACGGCAAGGUGUACAGGGGCAUGCUGCCGACGGGGCAGUUCAUCGCCAUCAAGAGGGCGCAGCAGGGGUCGAUGCAGGGCGGGCACGAGUUCAAGACCGAGAUCGAGCUGCUCUCCCGCGUGCACCACAAGAACCUCGUCGGCCUCGUCGGCUUCUGCUUCGAGCAGGGGGAGCAGAUGCUCGUCUAUGAGUUCAUGUCCGGCGGCACGCUGCGCGACAGCCUCUCCGGCAAGAGCGGCCUGCACCUCGACUGGAAGAAGCGGCUCCGGGUGGCGCUGGGCGCGGCGCGCGGGCUGGCCUACCUCCACGAGCUCGCCGACCCGCCCAUCAUCCACCGGGACGUCAAGUCCAGCAACAUCCUCAUGGACGAGCACCUCACGGCCAAGGUCGCCGACUUCGGCCUCUCCAAGCUGGUCUCCGACAGCGAGAGGGGGCACGUCAGCACCCAAGUGAAAGGCACACUGGGGUACCUGGACCCUGAGUACUACAUGUCCCAGCAGCUGACCGAGAAGAGCGACGUGUACAGCUUCGGCGUCGUCAUGCUCGAGCUCAUCGUCGCGAAGCAGCCGAUCGAGAAGGGCAAGUACAUCGUCCGCGAGGCCAAGAGGAUGUUUGACGCCUCCGACGCCGAGUUCUGCGGGCUCAAGGACAUGAUCGACGCCAGGAUCAUGAACACCAACCACCUCGCCGCGUUCAGCAAGUUCCUCCAGCUGGCACUCCGGUGCGUCGACGAGGUGGCCACGGCCCGGCCGUCCAUGAGCGAGGUCGUCAAGGAGAUCGAGGUGAUGCUGCAGAGCGAGGGGCUCAGCAGCUCCUCCACGUCCGCCUCGACGUCCGCGACCGAAUUCGACGUCACCAAGGGGGCUCCUCGCCAUCCUUACAAUGAUCCUCUCCCAAAGAAGGACAAGGACGUGAGCACCGACUCGUUUGACUACAGUGGGGGGUAUUCUUUCCAGUCCAGGGUCGAACCAAAGUAGCUGAUUUUUCUGGAUUCGGGUUCUCUUGGCACGACCCUUUUUCUUCAUCCCCCAGCAAGUGGCUUGACGAAUAUGUAGAGAUACGGAGAAUUUUUUCUAUUGUACUUUAAUACUUUUGGGGACUAGUGAUUUUGUAUGGUGUUGUUAUAAUGUAUGAUUAGAAGAAACAUCAAGAGCAAAUCUAUCUGUCUCUUAAGUGCUACUAAAUGUUGGUUAUGGAAUAGAGCAGUAACAGAACAAAGAUGACAUCAAAAACAUAA